AUGGCAAUUAUACGCCCCAGGGAACGUGUAAUUUUAAGGUCAAUUAAAUACGAAUCUCGUAUUAAACGUAGUGGUAGGCGUUUACAUAAACGAUUUCGUUCGUGGACUCAGCAACGAGCUAGAUCUUUUUGGCUCCCUGAGCAUAUAUCCCUUCAUACACCUCCAGAACUACUGGAUGGAGCAUCAAUUUCAGCUUUUGUUCAAAAAGCAGCUACCAUUCGCAAGCAUGACUAUAAUGUUUGGUAUAAUUGUUCCAGGAGAAUUUUAGACAUUGCUGAGACAUUAACACCUCAGCAAAUGGGUUAUAUUUUCUACGGAUUUGGAAAAUCGCGCUUUUUAUGUACAGAUUUCUAUGAUAAAAUAAUACCUCAUGUCGAAUCAAUGCUUCCGGAACUAUAUAGUCAUCCAUUGAUGUGUAUAAUAUGGGCUUUGAAUCGAGUUGGGAUCCAAAAUUCAUGCUUUAUGAAGAAGUAUUCUAAUCAAAUUUGGGCUAAAUUUGAUCAAAUUCGUGUUAGUGAUCUGAUUAAAAUAUGUAAUUCAUUGGCAAAUCUUGGAGUUAAUGAUUUGAAGUCUGUGUUGGAAAAAAACAUGAUUGAGAAAUUUCAAGGAUUGUUUUCUCAAGAAUUUAGGGCAUCGAUGUGCGAUGUCGCGAUAUUAAAUUUAUAUAGUGAUUCUAUCGCAAACUACAUAAUGUCAAGGUUUCCAAAAAUUUCUAUUUGUGCUAGACCUCAGCAUUUUCAACAAGCUUAUUCUACGGCAGUAGCAUUGCGUGUAUUAAAACCUCGUAUUUGGUACGAAUUGCCCCAAAUGGCUCGUACCUUUUAUACUAGAUUAAGUAUGAAAAUUAUUCCUCAAGCUUCUAGAAAGCCUUCAAAAUUACAUUGGGAUGUUUCUAAUACUCUUGCAAAAAUAGGGGUAGCACAUCGCAAUACAUUUCAAUGGGGAUGUUAUUGGGUAGACAUAGGAGAAUCUGUAGAAAAACAAAAUUGCUGGUUCAUAGAUGGUCCUUCUUGUUUCUAUACAGGGACAUUUAAAUACAAAGAGAAAGUUAAAAUGCAGCAUAAAGUUAUGCAAAAUUUGGGGUGGAAUAUUAGGAGAAUUAAUUGGUAUGAUUGGGCCAAGAUGAAAGAUCGGGAUGAAAAGGUGGAAUAUAUUCGAAAUAUUGUGAAUAAGGGACCAAUGGGAUCCGAAUUAGUCACUCCGUCUCAUUUAUACAAAACAAAGUUGCAAGAUGUACAAAAUAUGCUCAGAAAUAUUAAAUAUGCUCAUGAGUCAGGGUCUUAA